AUGAAGAAUUGGCUUGAUGAAGUCACCGGUUCAGCGGGCCAGGGGUUUCAGGUAGGCUUAAUCUGCGGAUCCACCUUCCACUUCUUCAAGUCCCUUUGCAUCUCUCCAACCCAUAUUUCUACCGCUUGCCACGCCGUCCGCCUCAAUGCACCCCGCGUCGGGGGCAAGUUUGCCGCCUGGUGUUUCCUCUACAAUGUCUCCCACGACGCCUUGAUUUUUGUUCGUCAGAAAAACGAUCCCUGGGACCGCAUAUUUGCCCCGGCCAUCAGCAGCGGGCUGCUCUCAUUGUACCGCCGCAGUCUCAGAGCCACCGCAUGUUUCAGCAUGUUUGGUUCUCUCUUCGGCAUAGUACCAGAGGUCGGCUCAAUCAUGGCGGAAAAGCUCGAGGCAGAUCGCAAACAUGAGAAAAGGGUUUCGAGCAAGACAAAUUAA